AUGCCGGUGUGGUGUAGUCUAGCCUGUAUUGCUGUUCUGGGAUUGCUCAGUGGCUCCUCGGGACUCAUAUCAGCUCUGCAAAACCCAGAGAAGCUCUUCACCAGGCCUGUACGACGGGAUGUGAAGGCCAUUCCGCAGAAUCAGCUGAACAUAUCAGCCCUCAACACGGCCCUGGCCUUUGAACCAUACCAGGACCUGACCGCCAGAAGUGCUGUAGGGCAGCAGGACAAUGUCUUGUUCUCACCUUUGGGGCUGGCAUCAGCUCUGGCUCUGCUGUGCCGAGCCUCUGAUCCGGAGAGUCGGAGGCGGGCCCUGCAGGUCCUUGGUGUUGAGGACAGAACGUCACAGAAGAGCUUUGAGGCCACCUUAUCAGCUCUAGCAGAUCUGCAACACAACCUCACCCUCAGGGAGGGUGGGGGUGAAGGUGUUUACCAGAAGAUGCAAUCCGAGGCUGUGGUUGAAGCUGCUAUUGGUAGCAAUGGAUCGGGGGCUGACGCAGGAAAUGAUUCUGAUGUAAAUGAUGGAGCAGAGGGGAGGAGUCAGCUGCUAGUACGGAGCAACCUUCAUGUCGAUGGGAAACCCUCUGUAGACUUUGAAGGCUUUUUAUCCCAACUGCAGCAUCCUGAGCAACCCGAGCUGAACACCAGCUUUGAGACAUUGAUGACAGAUCUGCAAGAUUCAGACAAACUUAAUCUCAACAGUUUUGUGUAUUUUAAAGGUCUGCAGCCUUUUGAAAGGCGCCACACAGUGCUGCGGAGCUUCCAGCUCAACGCUACGACCUCUGUGGAGGUUGAUAUGAUGUUCCUGGACGACUCCUCUGAGGUGAUGAUGCUGUACGACACCAACUGCUCAGCCACCGUGGUGCGGCUGGCCUUCACAGAGCGGCUGUCCUCGCUGCUCCUGCUGCCUAAAGGGGGGAUUCAGCCGCUGGAGGACUGCCUCUCUGACAACCGCAUGAGGUUUUGGCUCAGCAACUUGAAGCCAGGGAGGGCAGAGAUCCGUUUUCCAAAGUUCCAGCUGAGAAAAUCGUAUAAUUUGGAGAGUAUCCUGAGAAAGGCUGGGAUUUCGUCGCUUUCCUUGCAUGCAGGCAACGUCUCCUGGACACAAGAGAUGAGGAAACUGAAGCUCCAUGAGGCUCUUCAUGAGGUCAUGCUGGAGGUGGAAGAGUCCGGUUCUAGAGAGAUGGCUAAAAUGGACGUUCCGCUUGAUUUCAGUGUUCCCCAAAGGAUCACCUUUGACCGACCGUUUAUACUAAUCAUUUAUGAUCAUCUGACUGGGCUUGUGCUGCUCAUCAGCAGGAUUACUGAUCCCACAGAUGUCUAGAUACAAGACAAUGCCCUCUGCCCUCUGUCUUUGUUUUUCUGUGUUUACCUACCAAACAGGAUAGUUUGACUUUCAGCAGUGCUGCAUGUCAU